CCAUACGCCGGGAUACGCCUAGCAAAGUGCUGCAAUCCGGCUAGCACGGGCAAGGCCCAAGGGGCAAACACGGGUAAACGAGUCCAUCCGUUCUAACUUCCAACUUCCAAGCCGCCGCCACCGCGGGCUGGGCGCGGAUCUAGCCCCUCGUCGGUCCCAUCCAACCCUCACCGCCGCCUCGUGCCCGCUCCUUCCCUCGAUUCACCCGCGAAUCCACCCCCGGCGAGCGCCAAUGACGGAGGACCGGGCCCACAAGGUCACCGACGAGCCCGACGCCGCGGGCAGGCAAAGGCCUGAAAGGAAGAAGCGGAAGUGGGAUCAGCCCGCGGAUGACUUGGUCUCCGCGGCGGUGACGGCUGCUGCCGUGUCGGGGAUGCCCUUGAUUAAUAUCGGCGCUCUUCCUGGCGUUGCGCUGCCCGGCGUCACCGCGUAUGGAGCUGCUACAUUGCCGGGAGGAGUCCCCGUACCUUAUUCGCUGCCGCCGCGUAUUGCUCCAUCGGUGCUCCAGAAUGCUUCUGCUGCACUUCAGAAAUUGAGCCAGGCAAAAGUACCAGAUGAGGUCAUAGCGCGGGAAAUUGUUAUAAAUGACGCCGAUCCAUCUGUGCGGUAUAAGCUUACAAAACGGCAAACACAAGAUGAGAUUCAGAGAUGCACAAGCACUGUCAUCAUUACCAGAGGAAAGUAUCACCCUCCAAAUGGACAGCCUGAUGGUGAGAAGCCACUCUAUCUACAUAUCUCUGCUGGAUCUCAGUUGAAAGAUACAGCUGGGCGCAUCAAGGCAGUUGACCGUGCGGCUUCAAUGAUUGAAGAAAUAUUGAAACAAGGCACAAUCUCAGAAUCUGCAUCUGCCCCUUUCUCUUCUAGCAGUGGACAGGCUGUUCAUCCUUUUAGUGCCUCGAUAUUUUUGGGUUUUGAUGCAGAUCCAUCAUUGAACAUCGCAGCUAGAAUUCGUGGGCCAAAUGUAUGUUUCUGUAGAACUAAAUGUGAUGCUGGUUUGAUUUGAUUAUGUUGUUAUUAGCAUCUCUCACUUUUGUUUCGUCAA